AUGGAAAAGAAGAGUAACGGCGAGUCGGAUGUCAACGCAAAAUGGGACGCGUGUAUCGAUCUCAGUGCUCGUCGCGUCGUCUACUCCUCCCUUGGCGGCGCGUUCGCCGGUCUUCUCUUCUUCAGGAGUCCUGUAACAAGAUGGGCGUCGAUUGCUUUUGGUGCUGGGAUUGGUAUUGGCUCUGCUUACACAGAUUGUUCUCGUGUCUUUGAUGUUUCUUCGUCUUCACCUAAGGCUUCUUCGGUGCCUCAGGCAACGGAAAAGUAAGAGAAGGAAGAAGCGUGAGGAUAUAAACCCAAACAUUCAUGGGUUUCUAAUACAACUACAAGAGUUUGUUAUAUUUUUUUUUGGUAUGAGAAUGGUUGUUGAUCUCUCAGGAGGAUAUGGCUUUUGAGAUAAUAUGACCAUUGUUUAAACUUUGCUUUUCAGUGGAUUUGUACACACUGACUCACUCAUUCUGACUUGUUUUUUUUGGGGAAAUCAUGUCUUCUCUUGAAAGAUAGAAACUCAACAAAUCAAUAAUCCCUCUCUGGUUUGAUUUGUUUGCCUCUACGGUUGCUUUUACUCAAUGGUCUUUGACCAACCAAUCCUCUGGUUUUAAGAACUAAUGAUAUGUUGAUAGCUUAAUCGCCAUGUUUCUAACACAUGUAUGCUCGUAGUUGUAAUCUCGUCUUCAAUAUUGAUCGUCG